AUGUCCGAAAGCUCAACAACCUCCUCAUCUGGUCUCGCGGACUCCUACAUUGCCAAGAAGAGUUUCGAUGCUUCUCAGUGCACCAUAUGUGAGAAAUGUGAAAUCCGGUAUGUAGAACCGCAUGAGACAUACAGAAAUCUACCAAAGAAAGGGCAGAGGCAUCUACGUUGCCGUUGGUGCAUGUCUACCAAAGCAGUCGCAGACAAAGAACCCUUCCCCGAGCAUCUCAUGGUACCCAUGAACUUGUUAUCGAGCACAGGACGUCGUCGCGCGGUCAUUCAUCAGCACCAGCAGACAAAGGGGGCACCCAAAGCCACCAAAGACUUUGUUGGUCCUGCGAAGGCUCAGAAAAGCACCUCAAAAGAUGUAAAAGAUGACGCGCAAUCAGCGGUUUCAUGGUUAGCGAGUCUGACUGCUGAGCAAGAGAGCAUACUCAUGCACCCUCCAAAACUCUUCUCUCCAGCGACAGCCCUCAAAGAUCUCGCACAUGCUCCAACCAGCAUCAGUUGGGCAGAACUAUCGGAGCGUAUGAGAGAUGUUCACUCGUUAGACCGACUCUUCGCCGAUUUCGCUAAAUUACGCUGCAGACUCAACCGAGAUGGCAUGAUCACAGUACAACACAAAGAUGCGAAUUCUCUGCUCUGGGUUCGUUCAAUCGUUACCGACGAUAGCGCGAUUGCAGACUCCACAAGAGCAGGAGAAUUGCUAUUCUCAGAACGGAAAGCUACACUCAAUCCAGACAAGUUGCAGAGCAGUAAUGACCUCAUAAAUCUGCUCGUUAGCUCAUUCCAUCGACAACUUGGUAAGAAGAAGUGGGGGGAUCUGCAGAAGUUUGCCCUGAACAUACUCCGUCAGAACCGAGCACCGACCCCGUAUAAGAGGUCAAAAAUUGCGAGACUGAUUUUAGACAAACGUGAAGGACAGGCCGUGGAGAUUGAUGAGGACUCAGGUUGA